GCCAUGUUUGGUUGGUUGCUCCCCACAACCAGAAUUUUGUAUCUAUGAACAUGGCUACAAAUCAAUAACGUUGGCACGAACCAACCUGUGGUUGGAUGGUUAGAGGGACUGUGGUAUCCCCAGCCCAUCAGGGUUUAAAUCCUGAUGCUCGCAUUUACUCCUGAAUUUAUUUCAGGGUUUCCGGCGAUGCGCAUUUAAUGGGAGAAGAUGUUUCCGUCGAUGAUGAGGCGCCUACGAUGACUUCAUAAAUCUCAAAAAAGAAAGAGGCGCCUACGAUGACGAGGCGCCUACGAUGCCGGCUCAGUCUUUCGGAGGUGCUCAUAGGGGUAGGGUGUGCGUGUGUGUGUUCAUAGGGGUGAGGGUAUGCGCGUGUAUAUGAGCGCUUGUGUCUGUAAUGAUGUUCAAAAAAGAAAGAAAGUUGAGGAGAAUUCUAAAAAAAUACUCAGGGCAAGGUUGAUUAAAAAAAAAUUCCAACUCACGGCCAGAACUGCCUCAAAAAAAGGACGGAACCAGGGCAAACCGGAAACACCUAAGCUCCCCCUUCCCAGUCUCCGCCGCCGCACCAAUCCCCUCCUACUUCUCUUGGCAAAGGACCUUGUUCGUUGAUCAUUUGGUUUUCAGCAAGGCUGCGAUUGACUAUUGGGGCGCAGACGAUCGAAGAUGAUACGGCGGCUUCUCAAUGUGGUGGUGAAGAAUACUUCCACAGGCGUCCACUCGGUGCGGCGAAUCGACCCGUACAAGCAUCUCUUCUACGAAUCAGCAGGUGAGCCAGCAGCGUCGAUCGCAAACAAGGCCAAGGAUUGUGCUCUGGAAAUGCAGGCCCUUUCUCUGCCCGAGCCAGCGGUGAGCUUCUCUCCAUCCCCGACCACUCUGCCGCUCAUGGGCGGCAUUGAUUUGUUCGCGCCCAUGGGCGGCGGCGAAGGCAGGAUCGUAGGCGCCAACGUGGCCGGCGAAAGCAUGCUGUACGAUGCCGACGAGCGUCUCUUCCUUCAUCUGCCCUGGAUCAACGAGCCCAAGGGGUGGAACCCCGUGUGCCUCUCCAUCCCCAUACCCGGCGCCGCCGAGAACAGCCUCUACGUCAUGGAGAGGUGCCUCGGGGAGUCCAUGGAUGCAUAUGGCUCCAGUGAGGACUACACCGUUUCCUGCUUCGAGGUCCUCGAGCACGGGCCCAGGACCGGCGGCCAUGAGGUGCGCGAAAUGCAUAGAGGCUGGCGCUGGCGGGUUCUCCGGCCGCCUCCAUUCGUCCUCGAACCAGACUACCAACCCUCUGUAUCGCCUCCUACACUAGCAUGGUUAACAAGGCCAACAGGUGCUCCACCAUCUACAUGUCAUGCGAGGACAGGCGCAUUGGCACCUAUUGCUUUGACACGUCGAGGAACGUGGAGCAAUGGAGGCGCGUCGGGGAGUGGGCUCUGCCCUUUCAUGGGGAAGCCAAGUACAUAAGCGCCUGUGCGCUCUGGACCUUUCUGCCAUGGAGGAGGACAGACAACAACCGCCCGUUCUGCAGCACUUUGAGGAUCUGAACCCGCCCAAGGAAGAGGACUGGUGUGCGACGUCUUUCGAACUGGUAUACCUUGGCGAUGGCAAAUUUUGUGUUGCCAAGACCAUUGAGGUCGGUGACACAUUUGGAUUUGCAGGUGAGGAGUUUGCGGUGCUCACUGGCGUACAGAUUUUGCGCGGUGAUGUCAAUGGCCUCCGCAUGAUCAAGCACAAGUCCACAUGUUACUCUUUUGUCAAGGACGUGAUCUACUGGGUACUUUGACUUGGCACUCUUGGUUUCGUUAUGCAUUCGUCUGUCCCCUUCAUAGUACUCCCUCUGUAAACUAAUAUAAAAGCGUAUAGAUCACUACUAGAUGACAGUGAUGUAAGAACUCUUAGUUUUGUUAUGCAUUCGCCUGUCCCCUUCCUAGUACUAGAUGACAGUCAUCUAAGAACUCUUGGUUUUGUUAUGCAUUCGUCUGUCCCCUUCCUAGUAGA